AUGAUGUCAAAUCAUGAUAUUCAUGAUUUCUCAUCUUCUCUUCUUCAUAUCAUAUGUGAUCGAUCGCGAGGUGAUACGUUGACCAAGCUUGUCUUUGCCGUGGUUAUACACGGUUUUAAACCACAUCAAGUGCCUUUGAUGUGCUUGAAAGUUAUAUAA